AGUACGGUAGAGCGAAAGAUGGCGGAAGGUGAAGGAAAAGCAGCUUGCCAGCUCAGGAUGAAAUGGCAGGAAUCUCCGGUCUGUGGUCCUGAGCUGUACCGCUACCUAGCGGAGCAGGUUCCCCGGAUCUACUGCACGAGUGAGAAGACGGGACUGUCCGAAGAAGAGGAGGAGAUGGUGGGGACCUCCUUGCUGCAGCCUCUGGAGUGGUAUCUGUUUGGAGAGGACCCCCAGCUUGGCCUUGAGAAGCUGCAACAGGGCAGCGGCUCCUCUCAGCUCUGUGGCAGAGUCUUCAAGGAGGGAGAGACCACUUACACUUGCAGGGACUGUGCUAUUGAUCCCACAUGUGUGCUUUGCAUGGACUGUUUCCAAAACAGUGUUCAUAGGAACCAUCGCUACAAGAUGCAUUCAUCCUCAGGGGGAGGUUUCUGUGACUGUGGUGAUAUGGAGGCCUGGAAAACAGGGCCGUCAUGUAAGAAGCACGAACCUGGAGGUGCUUACUCUAUGCCUGGAACCACUCUCUCAUCUCCUUUGACCAUGCACAGACUCGGUGCUCCCUUGUGUGUUGUGAUGGGUUGUGGUUUGUCUGCGAUGCAGGGAGCCGAGAGCCAGCUGGAGGACGGCCUGAUGGAGAGAGGCCGAAUGCUGUUCCAGGUCCUGUUCAAAUACACUGUUGACAUGCUGGUGUGGGAGGAGGGACAGGAGCUGCCUGCUGAGCUGCAGCCCAGUGUGCAAGAAGACACUUAUUACUGCGUGCUGUACAAUGAUGAACACCAUUCCUAUGACCAUGUGAUCUACACCCUCCAGAGGUCAGUUCACUGUGGCCUGGGGGAGGCACAGACCCACACCAACCUCAUAGACAAAGAGGGUCGCAGAGCUGUGAAGAGAGGGACUUUGCAGACCUGUCAGGAAGCAAAGCAAGCCAUCCAGUCCAAUUCAGAACACAUCUCCCUGCAGCCUCUGCGAGUGGAGAUUCUGCACUCCGCUGUCAUGGCUCACCAGAGCUUUGCCCUGCGUCUUGGGACCUGGUUCCAGCAAGUUGUCAACUACUCAGUUGGCUUUCGACAAGUGUUCUGUCAAGUGUCCCUGCAGGCAGCACUCGACCCUGAGCUGCACUGUCUGAUCAGCAGGCUCAUGCUGUGUGAUGCUAAACUAUAUAAAGGAGCCCGAAAGAUUGUUCACGACUUGAUUGUCUGCAGUUUGCUGAUGGAAACUGAAUAUAAGCGUCUGUUUGCUAUUGAGUUUGCCAAGAACUAUAAGCAGCUCCAAGAAGACUUUAUAAAUGAUGACCAUGAGAGAAGUAUUUCAGUGACAGCUCUGUCUGUCCAGAUCUUUACUGUCCCCACGCUGGCCAGGCAGCUGAUUGAGGAGGGGAACGUGGUCAAGGUGAUUAUUGACACUGUGAUGGAGAUGCUGUCUGAGCACCUGGAUGACAAUAACCGCUUCCACUUUCAGGGGUACAACUCGGAGAGGUUUUUCAGGAUACAGGUGGUCUUCCACGAUCUGAAGUACAUUCUGAUCAGUAAGCCAACCAUCUGGACUGAGAGACUCCGGCAACAGUUCAUGGAAGGUUUCAGAGCCUUUCUGGGAAUGCUAAAAUGCAUGCAGGGGAUGGAAGAAGUAAAGAGGCAGUUUGGGCAGCACAUAGAGGUGGAGCCGGAAUGGGAAGCAGGCUUUUCCAUUCAGAUCCAGCUGAGACACACCCUCUCCAUGUUCCAGGACUGGUGCACAGCUGACGAAGAGCUGCUGCUGCAGGGUUACAAGGAAUGCUACAACACUUUGAUUUCCUGUACUAAUCAGCCAUUCAAGAGUGAAGAAAUAGACACCCACAUGUGUAACCAUGUUCUGCGCUGCAAACCAUACAAAGUGUCCCAGGACCCUGUUAGCAUCCACCUCCCAAUCUCCAGGCUUCUGGCCGGUCUAUAUGUCCAUCUUUGCAGAAGCGGUUCCAUCAAUAGAUUGCAUGAGUACCUGCCUGCGGGCUGCGACAUUGCCUACAUGGUGGAGUACCCACUGCGCUGCUUGGUGCUGGCAGCACAGGUAGCAGCUGAGAUGUGGCGGCGAAAUGGACUGUCUCUUGUUAGCCAGGUGUACUACUACCAGGAUGUAAAGUGCAGAGAUGAAAUGUUCGAUAAGGACAUCAUUAUGCUACAGAUUGCUGCUUCUAAAAUGGACCCCAACCAUUUUAUGAUGCUAAUUCUGCAGCGGUUUGAGCUCUUUGAGUUUUUCAACCGGAGUACUGUCAGCAGAGAUAAGGAACUUGUCAAGCAGUUAAACCGAUUGACAGAGGAAAUGCUCCAUCUUCUAAUCAUUAUUUUAGGUGAAAGGUACAUCCCUGGGAUUAGCAAUGUGACAAAGGAGGAUGUGACAAUGAGAGAAGUGAUCCAUCUGCUCUGCAUUGGGUCCAUGGCACACAGUAGCCUGGUCAAAGCCUUGCCUGACAAUGAAAACAAUGAAACUGGCCUGGAAAAUGUCAUCCAGAAAGUGGCAACAUUUAAGAAACCUGGUGUCUCUGGGCAUGGUGUAUAUGAACUAAAGAAGGAAUGUUUAAAGGAGUUUAACCCAUUCUUCUACCACUACUCCAAAUCUCAGCAUAGCAAGGCAGAAGAUGCACAAAAGAAGAGAAGAAAGCUGGAGAACAGUGAUAAAGCUCUGCCUCCUCCAGACCCACCCAAAUUCUUACCUGCCUUUGCAAACAUUGUGAAUGUGUUGAACUGUGAUGCUUUGAUCCAUGUGCUCCGAACAGUGAUGCGGAGAGCAGUGGAAAACUCAGGGAAGCUGUGGACUGAAGCCAUGAUUCAGAGGGUGCUUCAUCUGAUUGGUCAAGGCUUGCUAGAGGAAAAGCAACAGUUGGAGGCAAACGGCGAAGAAGUAACCUUUGACUUCAGCCUCAAAGCAAGAAGAAUUGAACAUGGCAGGUCUCUCCUGACUCUCUUAGAAAAGCUGAAAUUGGUCCCUCCUUUGGAGGCGCAGAAUGACAUGAUCACCUGGACUUUGCAGAUGUUUGAAAUAGUGAAGAGAAACUUUACAGUGCAUCCCAGGAUUAACUAUAAUAAAGAAGGAAUUUUCCACAGCCUGCAUGGUUUACACCACUGCCCCUGUUGCAUUCAGAAAGACCCAUGGGUAAAACACAGAUUUGUCAUGGUUUUUUUUUUUUUUUUUUUUUUUUUUUCGAUGCAGAGCAUUCAGGACAAGGAGAAAGCAGAAAGGAAGAGGAAGGCAGAAGCUGCUAAGCGGCAUCGACAAAAAAUCAUGGCCCAGAUGUCUGCCAUGCAGAAAAACUUCAUAGAGUCUCACAAGAUGCUGUAUGAGAGCACACCCCAGGCUCAGGGGCCAGGAGAGCCUUCCGUACCCGAGGACAGCUCGGCAAUGAUCCUGGGAGAAUCCAGAGUGGCUCUGGGCCCGAAACGUGGUUCUGGAGUUGUGGAGAGGGAAGCUUUGACGUGCAUCCUGUGCCAGGAAGAACAGGAGGUCCGAGCAGACAGCACGGCCAUGGUUCUGACUGCCUGUGUACAGAGAUCUGCUGUACUGACCCAGUGCAGGGGCAAAGUUUUACCCAACACAGAAACCUUCGAACCUCUGUUUAUGCACCCGGACCUGGCCUGUGGUACACACACAGGCAGCUGUGGACAUGUCAUGCAUGCCCCCUGCUGGCAAAAGUAUUUUGAGGCAGUUCAGAACACCACCAGGAACCGCCUUCAUGCAGAGCUGAUCUUUGACCUGGAGAAUGGAGAGUACCUGUGUCCCCUGUGCAAAUCCCUUUGCAACACAGUCAUCCCUCUGAUUCCCCUGCAGCCACUCAAACUCAACUAUGAUAAUGCAGAGUUAGUGGGACAACUUCUGACAUUCCCCCGAUGGCUGGAGAUUGUCUUGGCCAGGAUAAAAGGGCUGAAGGCCACAUCACAAGCCAAUGACAACAGUCAUGAAAUGGCAGAAAAUCCAUUCUUUGUGGAAAAUCCUGCAGAUUUUAGAUCUAUCCUGAGUUUUGGAGUACAAGCAACCGCACGAUACUCAGAGAGCAUCAAUGAGAUGCUUGUUGUGUGUGCUACAGCUGCCUAUAGGGUGGGGUUAAAGGUCGAUCCAAACGAGUCGGACCCCAGAGUCCCACUCAUGUCAUGGAACACAUGUGCCUUCACUAUCCAGGCAAUAGAAAAUAUGCUUGAAGAGGAGGGGAAACCUCUGUUUGGAUCUCUGCAGAAUAGACAGUAUGCUGGACUGAAGGCACUGGUGCAGUUUGAUGCAGCUCAGAGACUUGCAUCCUCACAAGCUGUAGUUCAGAAGCACUUCACUCAUCUACUCUCAGCUUUGAUACCUGAUUUAAAUGUUGAUGGGACACCUUCAAUCUUAGAUGUUGAUCUUUUUCAUCUUUUGGUGGGCCUGGUGCUUGCAAUUCCAGCGCUGUACCAGGAGGAGGCAGUGGACCUGCAGCCUUCUCCCAUCAGCUCAGCCUACAACCACCUCUACAUCCUCCAGCUGGUCACCAUGGCACACGUAGUACAGAUCCUGCUCACUGCUGAUGAUCCCCCAGGGAUGUUGGGAGAAGAAGAGGGGGAGGAAUACAGAUCAGCAACAGAGCUGUACCAGACCAUAGCACAGUGUACAGAGGGGCUCAGUGGUGAUGUGCCAGGCUGGUGUCUGACAGACAGAGUAAGGAGAGGGGUGGCCCAGUUCCUCCGCUGUGCUGGCCUUUUCUUCAGCUGCCUUACUGGAAUCCCUCCACCCGAGGUGCUUUCAAGUAAUGAAGUUUCUUUCGAAGGACAGUUGGAGGCACUGUGCAGUUACUUGGCUCUGCCCACUAACUUCUUCCAGCUCUUCCAAGAGCACAAGGACACUAUGACUCCAUUAUUGCACAGGUGGUGUGGCAAUCCAGCAGUUUCAACAGCUCUAAAUGAUACAAGUUCAGUGAUCAGGUAUCCGAGGAAACGGAACAAGUUGGUAGAACUUCCAGAGGAUUACAGCUGCCUUCUCAACCAGGCCUGUCACUUCAGGUGCCCCAAGUCAGCAGAUGAUGAAAGGAAGCACCCGACGCUAUGCCUGUUCUGUGGGGCCAUGCUGUGCUCUAAUAGCAUAUGCUGCCAGGAGACUGUGGAGAGGGAGGUGGUGGGAGCCUGCACAGCACACGCAGUCAACUGUGGAGCCGGCGUGGGAAUGUUCCUCAGAAUCCGGGAGUGCGAGGUGGUACUAAUGGGCAGUAAGACCAGAGGCUGCGUGUACCCAGCGCCUUACCUUGAUGACUAUGGUGAAACAGACCCUCAGCUAAGGAGAGGUAACCCCCUUCAUCUUUCUCCUGAGCGGUACAAGAAGCUUUACCAACUUUGGCAGCAGCAUUGCAUCAUGGAAGAAAUCGCUCGCAGCCUGGAAGUAGUCAACGUCAUGUUUGCUUUUGACUGGCAGAUGCUCUAAAUGUCAAUUUGGCAGUGCUGAAGACCCCUUAAGCUUCACCCUUCCACACAUUAAAAUCAAUUUUAGGAAUGUUGGCGACUGGUUGCAGCCUUCAGGACGAACCGGCUAUUCUUUAAUUUCUGGCCGGGUUGCAGAAAGUCAAAAGGCUGUGGCUGCCAAGGGAGAGAAGAAAAAUACAGUCUGCCUUUUUCUCAGAGUUCGCGUAAAUUGAAUUUAUUUGGAGGCUUCAAUCGGGAGGUGAGGACGAGUGGUGGCAGUUUCACUGAAAGCUGAAAUGUCAUGGUUAAAAAGUAGUGUGUGUGU